CUGUAGGUGGCGACACACAUCACAGGCGGUCAUGAAAUGAGGGACACGAAGAAGAAAGUGCACGUCCAGUUGUUCCGUGUGUAACAUUAGCGCUGCUAAUCUGAAGGAAAGUAAAUAUAAAAUAAACAUUAUUCUGUUGGCAGAGUCGCUGAUGAAAACAGAGUGAUAUAAACACAUUAUUCUGUUGACUGAUAAAGUGUUGAUGAGAGCAGAUUGCAUCAGAAACACGCUUUAAUAUGGAGGAGAGAGAGCUGGUGGAAUAUUUCCGGACGCAGAUCGGGGAAGACCCGGACGUGGCGUCAGCGGUGGCUGCUAUCCGAUCGCUGCUGGAGUUCCUGAAGCGGGAUCAGAGUGAGACGAUCCUGGGUCUGAGAGAGAACAUGACGCAGGCCAUCCUCCGGCUGCAGGAGACGGAUUCGUCAGUGGCCGUGUCGUCUGGAGGAGAGCUGUUCCUGCGCUUCAUCAGUCUGACCUCACUGGAGCAUCCGGAUCUCUCCCAGUGUAAGAAUGUGAUGAUAGAAAGAGGAGAACUCUUCCUGAAGAAAAUAUCCCUCUCCAGGGGCAAAGUGGGAAAACUGUGCCACACCUUCAUCAAAGAUGGAGCUAAAAUCCUCACACACUCGUCGUCACGAGUCGUAUUGAAGGUUCUGGAGAACGCGGCAGCUGAUCACAAACGUUUCACAGUCUAUGUCACUGAAUCACAGCCGGAUUCAGCAGGUGAACUUAUGGCUCAAAAACUACGCAAACUCAACAUACCCGUCACAGUCGUGCUCGACGCUGCAGUCGGGUACAUCAUGGAGAAGGUGGACCUGGUGAUUGUCGGCGCUGAGGGUGUUGUGGAGAGCGGAGGUGUUAUAAACAAGAUCGGCACCUAUCAGAUGGCUGUGUGUUCCAAGGCGCACAACAAACCAUUUUAUGUGGUGGCGGAAAGUUUCAAGUUUGUGCGACUCUACCCACUUAAUCAGCAAGACGUACCCGAUAGAUUCAAGUAUAAAGCAGAUGUCCUGAAAACAGCAGAAGAUCUCAACCAGGAGCACCCGAUGAUCGACUACACCCCUCCGUCCCUCAUCACGCUCCUCUUCACUGACCUCGGGGUGCUGACGCCCUCUGCUGUCAGCGACGAGCUCAUCAAACUCUACCUAUGAUGAUGAUGAUGAUGAUGAUGGCUCUUCAUAAAGCAUUUAAAUCAAUGCACAAAUGUAUAGAUUUCAAAUGCUCCGCUAACUGAAAGAUCCUGAAUGUGGAGAGAACGCCUCAGCUCACCAAUCCUCAAUUUAACAUUAAAUUAUCUGGUUUAAGUGAA